AUGUUUUCGCUGGAAUGGCCCGAGUUUGAUGUUCUCAGCGUAGAAGGAUUCUGGAUCUACUAUGCCCUGAUCUUUAUUGGAGCAAUCGCAUGCAGUUUUGUUUUGCGAUGGGCAACUGAAGACUCGUAUGAUCUUCCAGCAUAUAAAAACAACAAACGUCUUCACUUCGUCUUAAACUUGGGAGAUGCGGAUUCGUUGAGCUUCUAUCGUGUGAAAGAUGGUCCGUCGGGAGGAAAGUGACGAAAUAGUUAUUUGUUUUUGUGUGUUUUUUUUUCAAUAAAAAAUGAUUGAGUACAAA